AUGGUUGCCCACACGGCUGAGGAAAUGGUCGCACACACGCCUGAGGACAUAGUUGCUCACACGCCUGAGGACAUGGUCGCCCACACGCCCGAGGACAUGGUCGCCCACACGCCCGAGGACAUGGUCACCCACAUGCCUGAGGAGGACAUGGUCGCACACACGCCUGAGGACAUGGUCGCCCACAUGCCUGACGACAUGGUCGCCCACACGCCUGGGGGCAUGGUCACCCACACGCCCGAGGACAUGGUCACCCACAUGCCCGAGGACAUGGUCGCCCACACGCCCGAGGACAUGGUCACCCACAUGCCUGAGGAGGACAUGGUCGCACACACGCCUGAGGACAUGGUCGCCCACAUGCCUGACGACAUGGUCGCCCACACGCCUGGGGGCAUGGUCACCCACACGCCUGAGGACAUGGUCACCCACACGCCCGAGGACAUGGUCGCCCACACGCCCGAGGACAUGGUCGUCCACACGCCCGAGGACAUGGUCGCCCACACGCCCGAGCACAUGGUCGCCCACAUGCCUGAGGAGGACAUGGUCACCCACACACCUGAGGACAUGGUCGCCCCCACGCCUGAGGACAUGGUCGCCCACACGCCUGGGGACAUGGUCACCCACACGCCUGAGCACAUGGUCGCCCACAUGCCUGAGGACAUGGUCACCCACACGCCUGAGCACAUGGUCGCCCACAUGCCUGAGGACAUGGUCACCCACACACCUGAGGACAUGGUCGCCCACAUGCCUGAGGACAUGGUCACCCACACACCUGAGGAUAUGGUCGCCCACAUGCCUGAGGAGGACAUGGUCGCCCACACGCCUGAGGACAUGGUCACCCACAUGCCUGGGAACAUGGUCGCCCACACACCUGGGGACAUGGUCGCCCACACGCCUGAGGACAUGGUCACCCACAUGCCUGGGAACAUGGUCGCCCACACACCUGGGGACAUGGUCGCCCACACGCCUGGGGACAUGGUCGGCCACACGCCUUCUGACAUCUUGAGGAAACAAAAUAACACGGACCAAACAGCAGCGUGUUUAUCAGGUUAA